UCAAUGUUACAGAUGAACGACACUAUAAAUACUAACACCAAUACAGAAUGAAAAACGCGUCCGCGGCGUGAUUGUGUGCGUGUGUUUCUCAGGCGCAGCGCGGCCGCCCCUCCCCGCUGUCCUCUUUCCUCUCCGGGUUUGUUGUGUUCGAGGAGGGAAGAUGGCGGACUCGCAGGUGGAGAUUGUGGAGGGCUGCCGACUCCCAGUGUUGAGGAAGAACCAGGAAAAUGAAGACGAGUGGCCGCUGGCUGAAAUCCUCAGUGUCAAGGAGAUCACAGGGAGGAAGGUUUACUAUGUCCAUUACAUUGACUUUAACAAGCGCUUGGAUGAAUGGGUGACACCGGACCGACUAGAUUUAAAGAAACUCCAGUUCCCUAAAAAGGAAGCCAAAACGCCCACCAAGAACGGGCUGUCCGGAUCCCGGCCAAACUCGCCCGAGCGAGACGUGAGGAAGAGUCUCGAUCUCACUCUCCAAACUGCUUCCGAUCCAUCCAGAGGCAAAACUGUCCCCACGCCGCAGAGCCACAGUGUUAAGGUGGCCUCCAGCGUGGUCAAAAACCCGAAGCAGGGUUCACAGGCUGAUAACAGCUCUCACUGUGAUUGGUUGCAGAAGAGGAAGGUGGAGCCUGUCUCCCUGGUGACCCAGGUGUCGCCAGCCACGCCCGUGGCCUCCCUGCCAGCCUCCACGGAAACCACGCAGGCCUCCGUGUACCCGCUGGUGAGAGACGCCGGCUUCACGCCCAAAUCUGCUGCUGGCAGAGCAGAGGCGCGAGAGGACCACGAGCAACUCGCCACUCUCGCCACGAAUGGUACAGCCCGCCGCCUCAUCCCGUCACAGCCUGGGAGGAAGAGGAAGGCCAGCUGUCUGGGGACCGAUGAGAUCAUCAAGGUUUUCCAGAAUAUCAAUCCUCGAUGUCCCAGUGUGUUCCUCCCCCCCGGAGAGGACUCUCAGGACAGCUCGGACGGGAUCCCCUCGGCCCCCCGCAUGACCGGCAGCCUGGUGUCGGACCGGAGCCACGAUGACAUCAUCACGCGCAUGAAGAACAUCGACUGCAUCGAGCUGGGCCGUCACCGCCUCAAGCCCUGGUACUUCUCCCCCUACCCCCAGGAGCUCACCGCCCUGCCCAUCCUCUACCUGUGCGAGUUCUGCCUCAAGUACCUGAAGAGCCUCAAGUGUCUGCAGAGGCACCUGACGAAGUGUAACUUGCGGCACCCCCCGGGAAACGAGAUCUACAGGAAAGGAACCAUCUCCUUCUUCGAAAUCGACGGCAGAAAAAACAAAAUGUAUUCUCAGAACCUGUGUCUGCUGGCGAAGUGUUUCCUGGAUCACAAGACCCUGUACUACGACACAGACCCUUUCCUCUUCUACGUCAUGACAGAGUACGACUCCAAGGGCUUCCACAUCGUGGGGUACUUCUCCAAGGAAAAGGAAUCGACAGAAGACUACAACGUGGCCUGCAUCCUGACGCUCCCGCCCUACCAGAGAAGGGGAUACGGCAAACUGCUCAUCGAGUUCAGCUACGAGCUGUCCAAGGUGGAGGGGAAGACGGGGACCCCCGAGAAGCCUCUCUCCGAUCUGGGGCUCCUCUCGUACCGCAGCUACUGGUCCCAGACCAUCCUGGAGAUUCUCAUGAACCCCAAAUCAGACACGGGGGAGCGGCCGCAGAUCACCAUCAAUGAAAUCAGCGAGAUCACAAGCGUCAAGAAAGAGGACGUCAUCUCCACUCUACAGUACCUUAAUCUGAUUAACUAUUACAAGGGUCAGUACAUCCUCACGCUUUCCGAGGACAUUGUGGACGGCCACGAGAGAGCCAUGCAGAAGAGGCACCUUCGAAUCGACCCCAAGUGCCUGCACUUCACCCCCAAAGACUGGAGCAAGAGGGGCAAGUGGUAGAGAAGCAGGAGGAGGAGGACAGGCAACACAACAUUCCUAAACCCGGGGCUGCUGACCAGCGGUCGCAGAGAACGUCAAGCUGCAUUCCUUCCCACAGACAAAAACCCCUUUCCCAGCAACCCCUGCGCUGUUCCUGCAAGCCGAUGCGGAUAGCGAGAGCCCAGCCCAGGCUGAUGUAUGGAGAGGGAGGGGCAGGGAGGACAGGCUGCAUGUGUGCUGGCUGCAGGUGCAAUAAAACAACAUCCUUCAGGGUUCACCUUUUGAUUCCGGCCGUCGGAUAUUGUAUCUUGUUUUUUUUUUAAUUUUUUUUUUAUAUCGAGUCUUUACAAACCGUUUCUAAAAAGGUAACUGGAAACUGAAUUUCCAGCCUGCAGUAUUCCUUAUAGCCAUGCAGCUUAAGCCAUUUGAUAUGUUUUGUGACCAGAUUAUGUGAAUAAAAUGUACUGUAUGUAUGUAUGUAUAUAUAUUUAUACAUGUAAGCAGGGCUGCCAUCAAUUCCUUUUUAAAAAUCAAUUUCCAUUUAAUCAAUUGCUGAUCAGAAUUGCAAUUCUCAGUGUUCUGUUCAAAUGAGCUUCUCACAGCAGCAAUACAAUGACUUCCAAUUUGAAGUCACUGUUCGUCAGUUAAAUUGCCUCCAAAUGAAAGCAGUUGAACUAUCGCGUCGCGUCUCCUAAAAUACCAGUUCCAGUUCCUUCGAAGGCGUUGGGACUGGGGAUCGAUUUUUAAAUUGGAAUUGACAAACAGGAAUUGAUCCCAGCCCGGCACGCAAGUUGCUACUAAAGCUAAGCUUUUAAUACAUAAAAACAUGUUCUUAAGGAGACGGAUAGACCAUGGAGUUUAUUUGUGACGGAACAGUAACCGUUUAUCGAGACGUUAGCAAGGAUUUGUUUAGUCUUGAGUGUUUGUCAUAUUGAAAAUGAUCAUCGAUAAUAGAGAGAGAGAGAGACGAACUAACAAGGCAGAAAGGACUGGGACAUGACUUCGAAUAAUCGGGAUUAUCCUGAUAAUUGUUAGCUGAUAAAAUCUUCCCUAGAUGGUCUAAGACAGCACUUCCCAACCCCGGUCCUGGGGACCCCCUGUGGCUGCUGGUUUUCAUUCCAACUGAUCUCUCAAUUACUGAACUAGACCCUUAAUUGAACUGAUAAUUUGCUUAAUUAGACCUUCUUUAAUUGUUUUCAGCUCUUGCAGAUUUCAAGCUCGCUGUAACAUUUUCUAAAUAAGAACUGAGAACUGAAAACAAUUAAAAAUGUCUAAUUAAGCGAAUGAUCAGUUCAAUGAAGGGUCUAGUUCAGUAACUGAGAGAUCAGUUGGAAUGAAAACCAGCAGACACAGGGGGCUCCCCCCAGGACCAGGGUUAGGAACCCCUGGUUUUAAAGACAUUGAAACGAACGUAUCUGGAAUUACUUUUGAGGACCGGACGUUUUAUUAGAGCGACGAGGUCGCGGGACUAAACUUUGAUUCCUGGGAAGAGCUGAAGCAUGCGAGGGUAAACCCCGACACACACUAAUAAAUCACUGUAAAGACUCCGCACUCGUAUUGCACACACCCCCCCCUGCUUCUGCAGAUCUUUCUGUACCUGUUGUAGUAAAUGUGGAGACAUUAGGUGAGGAAGCGACGUUACAAGAAUGUGAAUUUUUAGAGCAAGUGUACAGUUUUUUUUUUUGUUUGUUUCAUUUUUGUCAAUGUGAAGAUAAAGUAAAGAUGAAUGUAAAAAAUGAA